AUGGAGACUAUGCUGCGGCAGCAUCUCCUCCGGGCCAGACAGCACAUGAAGGAAUCAGCGGACAAGCGUCGAUCUGAUCGGGUGUUCCAAGUGGAUGACCGGGUGUUUCUCAAACUGCAACCCUAUCUCCAACGAUCAGUGGCCACUCGCGCUAACACUAAGCUCUCGUUCAAGUACUUUGGUCCUUUUCAGGUUAUCCAAAAGGUGGGUAAUGUGGCGUACAAGCUCAAGCUGCCGGAGACAAGCACGGUGCAUCCGGUGUUUCAUGUCUCUCAGCUCCGCAGUGCACUGCCACCAUCGGAAAAUGCUCUGGAAGAGUUACCACACGAAGCGGCACCGCAGCCGGAACCGGUGGAGGUGCUUGACAGCCGCAUUCAUCAUCGCGCAGGCGUAGACGUACCGCAAGUGUUGGUGCGCUGGACUGACCAGCCAGCAGCGCUGGCGACAUGGGAGGACCGAGAGGAGUUGCGGUUGUACUUCCCAGCUGCUACAGCUUGGGGUCAAGCUGCGUCUCAAGGAAGGGGGAAUGUUAUGGCCCCUCCUACUUCUUCAGCUACACCAGGCGCUGCUACUUCUACGACCAAGGCCCAGACGGAGAUUGAGGCCCAUGGCCGACCGACGCGGGCUCGCAAGGGGAGUGAGCGGUACCCGGCCCAUAGCUGGGUCACUGGCUGA